AUGGCAGAGAAGACACAAGGAAGAUGGGAAGAAACGCGUGACUGGGAUCCAGGAUCUCUCCGCCUGUUAACGGAGGUACUGGAUCCCAGUCACAGAGACUCUACAGCGGUGGGUAAUUCACUGGUCCAUAAGCGGUCUCCUUUACGUCGAAGCCAUAAGACCUCAGCAUCUCUGACCAAGCUGUCGUUACGUGAUGGACAGAAAGCCAAAAAGCCACUGUGUAAAUUUGAAGAGGGUCAGGAUGUCCUAGCUAGAUGGUCAGAUGGCUUGUUUUAUCUUGGAACUAUCAAAAAGAUAAACAAACUGAAACAGAACUGCUUCAUUAUAUUUGAAGACAGUUCCAAAUCCUGGGUUCUCUGGAAGGACAUACAAACAGGAGCCACUGAAAGUGGGGAAAUGGUCUGUACAAUAUGUCAGGAAGAGUAUUCAGAAGCACCGAAUGAAAUGGUUAUAUGUGAUAAAUGUGGGCAAGGUUAUCAUCAGCUGUGUCACACACCAAAUAUUGAUUCCAGCGUGAUUGAUUCAGAUGAUAAAUGGCUCUGUCGACAGUGCGUUUUUGCAACAACAACGAAGAGGGGUGGUGCGCUUAAGAAAGGACCAAAUGCCAAAGCACUGCAAGUCAUGAAACAAACAUUACCGUAUAAUGCAACAGACCUUGAGUGGGAUGCGGGUCAUAAAACCAAUGUCCAGCAGUGUUACUGCUAUUGUGGAGGACCUGGAGAGUAA